CUUUUUAAUGAUACUAUAAGCCUAUAAAUAUCGUAACAAUUUAAGUACUCCUAAUUUCUCUUCUAUUGAAGCACAAAAAAAUAUUACAAGUAAUUAAUAACUGCUUAAACCAUGAAAAAUCUUUCCUUAAUCAUCACAUUUUCCAUCAUCGUUGUCUUCUCACAUGCAACACCAACAUUGGUCACUCGCACUCAACUUCAAAUGAAUCUAUCUUCCAUGCUUAACCAAACCCAACAACAAAUAAAUGAGACUAGAUUGAUCGGUGGUAGAGGUGAUUCCAUUGGUAGAUGCGAUUACCUGAUCACCAUAAAGACAAGUUGCGACUCUCCAACGUAUACGAAAGAUCAUAUUAGUCUUUUAUUCGGAGACGCUCAUGGCACUGAGCUAUUUGUUCCAAGACUAGAUGGUCCUGAUUCUGGGCCAUUUAAAAAGUGCAGCACAAUGUCAUUUGAUGUACCAGGACAAUGUAUUGACAAAAUAUGCAAACUGUACUUAUAUAGGAAUGGAACAGAUGGUUGGGUACCAGAAACCGUUGUAGCAUAUGACUAUAAUUACCCUCCUGUCAUAUUCAAUUACAACUUUUUCCUUUCAGAUGGUCCUGGCACUGGCUACAAUCAUUGUGGUCAACCUUAAUUAAUGUCACAAAAAAUAUGCUUAUUGCAUUGUUUUCAAAGAUCAACCCUAAUGGCGACGUUAGAUGGGUUCCUAGAGGUGCUAAUAGGGCUGCCCAUAAGAUGGCUAAAUGGGCCGAACAUGAGCCCAAUAGUGAGUGGAGCAAUUGUGUACCCACAUGCAUUUAGCUUUUUAUCCAAAAAGAUAAAGGUUCUGUAAUUCCUGAUUAAUAUUUCAAUAUAAUUUCCAUUCAAAAAAAAAAAAAU